UAUUGUAAUCACAUAAACCCUGACCAAACACAGGGCUCCCGUUAUUGGCGACACAUUCUACUAACUGAGACGUCACUGAACGCGGCAAAAUAAAACAAAAAGCGUAGGCCCCCAUUACAUGCCUAUCCAUACACCUUAAUUAAGUCACGCGUGUUUUCACAACAGUUGAAUCUGACGAGAUCCGUAACACGCGCCGUACCAUCGACGAGCGAUCUAGUCGGUUUUGUCUAAUUUACAGUAAACCAGGAUCAAUUGCGGUAAACGGGAGAAAGUUACCAAACGCUACUGCUGGAAACUGGCUAAAAUAUUUUGACAGCACGCUCCUUUUAACUGUGUACUGUACGGUACAUCACGUAAUUCACUCGGACUGUCAUCUUCAUCAUAGGCCUAUGUGUUGCUUCUAGCCUCUGCGCUCAGCUUGAGUUCGAUAAGGAACAUGUGGACCUUUGUGUUUCCUUUCAUUGUGUUAGCCACAAUCCACGGUGCAACUUCCGUCCAGUUUCAUCAAUGGAAUCAAGAUCAGUUUAAAUCAGACCAAAUAGUUAUACCGUUCAAAUCAACCAAAGAUGGAGAAUUUGUUAGCUUCGAUUUCUUGAACCCGCCGCCAUUACUACACAUUACAUUUGAAAUUGAUGAAAUCAAACAUACAUUGGCACUCGUGAGGGAUCCACAGCAGUCUAGCUACACGAGUGAUUUGAACAUAAGUACUCAUGCAAACAUUACACCAAUUACAACAUAUUUUCGUGGAAACGACAAUGUCAAAUACACGGGGUGCGUUCAAGGGGUUCGUUCACAGGCUCAACUGAUUGUCAAUUAUGGAAUGCAAGGAGUAAUUGAUUUCGGAAACCAUACGUGUGUAGUCGAGUAUGUUACCUACGACGAAGAGCAGUGUCGUCAAUAUGGCUGCCCUCAUGUACUAUAUUGUCAUAGCAACAUAAUUCACCAGCCUAUCGUGAAAGUUAAUGUGAAAGAAGAUGUGCAUAACUUACGUAAUCGUCGAUCAAUAGACGGGCCCGUUCGUUACAUCGAAACGUUAGUUGUUGGUGAAUUCACUAUGACCGAAUUCUACAAAGAUAGUGUAACCGAAUAUAUAAAAGCAUUAGUUUUCAAGGUAAAUGAGAUAUUACAGGAUGAAACAAUUGGUAUAAACAUCCAAAUUAUCAUCACCAAAAUCGUUCUUUGGAAUGAACAAGAGUCAGCAAACAAAAUAGUCGAAAAGAGUUUGCGGUUAAGUCGGAGUCGCGUGUGCUCAUGGGCGAGAAUGAACCAGGAUGCUGAUGAAACUAAUCUGGCUCACCAUGAUCUGGCCUUGUUUCUCACCAGGAAAGCGCUCUCAAAAUCAGGCUAUGAACAGAAUGGGCAGAUGUGUAAUGAGUUCAGGAGUUGUGCAUUGGUGCAAGACGAAGGCUUUACAACUUCUUUCAUAAUUGCUCAGGAAAUCGGACACUUACUCGGAUUAAAACAUGAUGACGACAAUGGGUGUGCCGAUGUUAUCUUCAAUGGUAGCGUUAUGUCAAAGGUCAUUAGGUCAACAUUUAUUGAGUAUCUCUGGUCGAACUGUAGUAGAAAGUCAAUCAAAUCAAACAUCAGGUCUUUCUCAUGUUUACGAGAUCACCCGGUAGCUAUUCCGUACCCUCAGCCGAACAGCAACAUCGGCGAAAAGUUUUCCAUGGACGAACAGUGCCAGUACAUACACGGUGACAACUAUACAGCCUGUCCGUGGGUGACGAUAGAAAACAGGGCUGAUCCGUGCAAUAUUCUGUUGUGCCACAACCCAGCGGUCAGUCGAAAUUGCCUGCCAGAGAAACGGCGCUCACCGCCAUUGGACGGAACAAAAUGUGGGCGUAAUAUGUGGUGUCUUCGAGGACGGUGCCUGGCCUACAAAAAAAGAAACGGAGCUUGGGGUCCAUGGAGCGCGUGGGGCCCGUGUAGUAAAUCAUGCGGGAUCGGUGUUAGUCAGAAGACCAGAAAAUGCAACAAUCCGCCACCACUUAAAGGUGGAAGAAAAUGCAGAGGCAAAAGUAAGGACUUCAGACUAUGCAAUGCAGAUGACUGUAUAAGACCUACUGACGAUUUUCGUGAACUGCAGUGUCACCGUGGUAAAGAACCAAACUCUCUGUGGGUGCCAUACAUCACUGGAAACGAAAUUGGCUCGGAUGAGUGUAAACUUUCGUGUAUGUCGCUUCUAACCGGAGCGAUUAACAAGACUGGAGGGAAAGUCAUUGACGGAACACGAUGUAACUAUGAUGAUACUAACUCAGUUUGUGUUAACGGAGAUUGCUGGCUAGUAGGAUGCAAUGGUAUCAGAGGUUCGAAACGCGUUCAUGAUGUAUGCGGAGUGUGCGAUGGAGAUGGGUCAUCAUGUCACCAAAGUCAAGGAAAAUUUAAUGGAAUUCUAACUCCAUUCGCUACUGAAAGCAUAACGAUAAUUCCUCGGAGAGCAAGAGAAAUUGUGAUAUCCAAGCCGAGAAACGUACAUGUCAUUUUCGUUAUUGAAGAUCCUCUAACGAAGAAUUACAUUUUCGAAAGUACGAACAAAAACAGCACCAAUGGAUUCGCUGUAUGGGCUGGGACGAGAUUCGCUUACGAGCUUGGCAGAGAGAGGGAGUACAUAGCCGCCAAGGGACCACUACUUAAGCCAAUUCACAUACUUGUAAGCUCUACUCUCGGUUACUCCCGGUUUGUAGAAGUCCGAAACCAAUACGUGAUACCAAACGAACCAGACUUUACAACGCCUCUCUCCACAACUUUAAUUCCAUCAACUGUUCCACCGACUACACCUCCUAGGCCUACUAAGAGCAUCCCGUUAUACCGAUGGGAGUCAUAUGGCUGGUCAGAGUGUACAGAAGCCUGCGGUGGGGGUUGGACGUAUUUCCAGCAGGAGUGUCGAAACACUAAAACACGUUAUAUUGUCGACUUUUCUAAAUGCGAUCUCAAUGUUUUUACACCUAUGUCUAUACGAAAGCCUUGCAACGAGCACGAAUGUCCCUCUCCACAAUAUCUUUGGGAAACUACGGGUUGGCAACGUUGCUCGAAAAGAUGUGGUAAUGGGGGAAUUCAGACGCGAUCGGUUCAGUGUGUGCGUUUGUACAACGGCACGCGGGUGUCUGUGCGUUCGAGCAGAUGCCGAGAAACGUCUCCACCUGUUGAAUCAAAAACGUGCAACCAACGGCCAUGCCCAGCCUAUUGGAAAACAGGAAAAUGGUCCCAGUGCUCAUCAACGUGUGGUCUCGGUGUUAAGAUGCGUUCAGUCACGUGCUCGAAACCAAAAAGCGCUGGUACUGAGUACAGCUGCUAUGACUCAAAGCCGAAAGCCAUCAAACAGUGUAUCAAGCCAUCAUGCGAUGAAGGUUGCAAAGCCGUAAACAAUCCCAUGUGUGGACCCAGUUUAUACAAAACGUACUGCUCUUUACGUGGGUAUAGGAAGUUCUGCUGUAGGUCCUGUGACGAGAUGAGAUUUAUAUAUGCGCAAAGCAAGAAGAAAGGGAGAAAGUAGUACCGGCAAUACCUCACGAUCCAAAUAAAACAGUGAACUGAUGUCUUUCCGUAUAACCUCAUGUACUGUUUUACAGCAGAUACUAAUGCACUUUAAAGUUAACGCAAUUGGCUUUAUGUAAAUUUCGUUGCAGAUUGUGGUUUUCUUACCAAAAAAAAAA